GCUGGUUUGAUUUUAUUCGAUGGCCGCAUGAUCUAGAACUGGAGAAUUGGUGGGGGGUUUGAGCUCGUGCUGCGCGUUGACGCAUAGUCCGGUCUAGAUACCGGACUUGCUACGCUGGACCCUGAUCGUUUCUCGCUGAACUGUUCCUUUUUUUCUUUGGUCCUGUAUUUUUGCCUCUUUCACAUCACUUCUUUUGUACCGAGAAUCAAUUCCAGGACCAAGUUCUUACACCAUGAGCCCUUCUUGGAGAAUCGCCGUCGGCUGUGACGAGGCCGGUAUCAACUACAAAAACACAAUCAAGAGAGAUCUUGAAUCUGACCCUCGCGUCACCGAUAUUAUCGAUGUUGGCUCCGGAGAAGCUACUGACAAGACGCCGUAUCCUGCUCGUGCUGCCGCCGCUGCCCGCCUUGUCGCCGAGGGCAAAGCUGACCGUGCUCUACUUAUCUGCGGCACAGGUCUGGGAGUUGCCAUUGCGGCCAACAAAGUAAAAGGAGUCCGCGCAGUCACUGCCCAUGACAGCUUCAGCGUCGAACGAAGCAUUCUGAGCAACAAUGCACAAGUCCUCUGUAUGGGUGAGCGAGUGGUAGGCCUAGAGCUGGCUCGCCGACUUGCGAAAGAGUGGCUUGGAUAUGAAUUCGAUUACCAGAGCGCUAGCGCCAAAAAGGUUGCCGAAAUUGAUGAGCUGGAAGCGUAGAAUCGGUGUAUACCACGGGCAGACCUUGAAUCUUGCUCUUGAAGGAGGGG